AUAAAGACGACAAAAACAAUUUUAGUUGAUAAAUAGACAUGAAUAUUCGCUUACAAAAGGCGUGUUUUAAUGUCUUUAAAUCGGAUAAUAUUUUGGAAAAUAUUUUCAAAUUCUUAAAUUUAAGUGAACAAUUGAAAUUAGUGAGCGUGUGCAAACGUUUCGAAUACUUCUUAACCAAACAAUUAUGGCCAAAAAUUUAUCCAAACAUAAAUUUAUAUUUAAGACAUGAUAUACACAUUAUUACCAUUAUAACAAAUAAGGAAAACAGACAUGGGAUGGAUGUGGACUUAGUGGAAGGAAGGAAAACCAAAAUGGUAUUAUCACCUAAAGAACUAGUACAUUUUCUACAUUUACAAGCUAAACAUGUUAAGACCUUAAAAUUGCACUCGGAAUACCAGCAGCAAGAUAUAUGUCUUUCCUUUGAAAAUAUGCGAAUAUUUAGUAAUUUAGCAGAACUUACUUAUCACCGGCUAUGUGUCGACGAUGAACAAUUAAGAGUGCUGGCGAAGAAAUGUAAAAAUUUACAAAAAUUACAUUUACUGGAAUGUUACUGUCAAAAUCUCUCACCUCUUAUACCAGGAGUUCACUUAAAUUUGAACAUUUUAAACGAUAUGCAGCAGUUAGAGGAACUUGUCAUACGAGCAGAGGCUCAAGCCAAUAUAGUGAUGAGAUCUCAUGAUCUUCAAGUUAUAUUACUGAAUACCAACUUAAAAAUAUUAAUACUACAAAAUAUCUCCUUAUAUGGUAAUGCUGCUGAUAACUUAGAGAACCUAACAAACAGUUUGGAGGUAUUCGAUGUGGGUGUCAUAACCUCACAAUUCUGGCCAAAUUUCCACUAUUAUCUCAAUCAUUUCGAUAAACUGAAAGAGCUCAGUAUAAAUGUCAGUGAUUGUACAACAGUUUUGAAUAUACAAAUUAUACAUAUUUUGGCCACCAACUGUUUGCAACUGGAGAAAUUGUGUUUGGAGAAAUGUGAUUUGUGUGUGGAAGAUUUCGCUGUUUUGAAAAAUCUUAAACAUUUAUCUUUAAACUCUUGUGGAGGUCUAACAUUUGCGAAUUUCCAACAGCUUUUAGGAGGCAUAAAACUGCAAACAUUUAGUCUCAUUAAUACGCGAAUAUUGGGUGAAAUAUCCCAUAUAUAUGCUUCACCCACCCUGGAAAAAAUCAUCAUCGAUAGCAUACAUUAUGCUGAAAUAUCGAAAGCUUUAAAGAAAUCUCUCAAUAAAUUUGAAAACCUACGCACGCUAAUAUGGUUAAAUGGCAGCAUAACCGACAGAUGGCUCAUAGAUAAAUGUCCCAAAUUGCAAUAUCUUCACAUACCCUGCCCACUUUCGUUAAAACCUAUUAUAUCUCAACUAAAAUCUCUUAAGGAAUUAUCAUUUACUUCCUGCAAUGGUGUGUCAUGGGCUUUUAUUUUGUUCUUGAUAAGUGUACUGCUGUUGAAAUGUUUGUACUUGAGAACUAAUGAAAUCAUGAGUGAUAAUACUGUCAUUCCGGUAAAUGCUUGCGGUAUAAAAACUUCGCUACGUAUGAUUUUAAUACCGUGUAAAAUAUUUCGAAAAGCUCAGUCGUUUUGGAUUGAUUUGUUGUGUUUGAAUGAGCAAUUGCAUUAUUCGAUUUAUGGCAAACAUGAAGAACUAUUGGAUGAGGAAUUCUUGAAUGAAUUGCUUUUGUGUGAAAAGUUUUGUCUCAGAGUUAAAUGGGAUUGAGAUUUGUGGUUUUAAAUUGGAUUGCAUGGAUCUGCAGGAUAAUUUUGAUCGUGCCAUUCAGGAGGUGAACAAAUUUACAAGUCAUUAUCGAUUUAAAAAUGCUAAUUUUACUAUGGAGAUGUAGACUUUUAUGAAAUUUAUUAAAAUUCACAUAUUAAGUUUAGGUAGUUGUAAUAAUUUUUAAAAAAUUUAGAAAACAUUAACUACUUACUACGAAAAUUAUAUGUAUGUCGAUUAUAGUUUGUUUUUUUUUUCUACAUUCCGAUUUCAUGCUUUCCUUUUUUCUAAGGAAUCAAAUCAUUUUUCAAAAAUCUUAAAUUCUAAGUUAUGACACUUUUGAUAUAAAUAAGCGAUAUGUAGAAGUGUAGGGAGGGCUGACUCACUUUUUUGGUUAGUAGCGCUUUUAUAUCUUCUUUACAUUUGAAUUUCUCCAUACUCACUAUAUAUAAAUUCAGAAGGCGAUUAAAACACAUAUUUAUUUUUUUCAUUUUCUCUUUUAAAACACACAAAUAUUAUUUCUGUUCUCUGUUUUUUUAUUUAAAGUAUCAAGUAAUUAUUCAGUUUUUUUUGUAAU